CCUUUCCUGUUCCUGACCGGUAUAGAACUCAGGGGGGUAACAUUCGGGUGGGAAAGAGUAUUUUUCCGUUAGCUCUAAUAGUAAGCUCCGUAGUAUUAACCUCGUAUUGUUUCUUCCCUUGCAGAAUAAAGGGGUCCGUGCAGUCAUCCUGUCUGACUGCUUCCAGUAUUUUCCAGUAUAGUUCCGUAUCUUCCGUACUCCGAUAGCAAUCAGUAUUAUACUCAUUGUUUUCCGUGUAAUUCCGUAUUUUCCGUGCUCCGUCAUAAAUCCGUAUUAUACUCCGUAUUUUCUGUACUCCGUUGUAGUUCCGUAUUUUGUUCAUUAUACUCAUACUCCGAAUUGAAACUCUGUAUCGUACUUAUUAUUUCCGUACUCCGUAAUUAAUCCGUAUUAGACUCCGUAUUUUCCGUACUCCGUUAUAAAUCCGUAGUGUACUUAUUAUAUUCCGGAUCGAUUCCGUACCUUCCGUACCUUGUAGUAAAUCCGUGUUGUAUUCACUUACUUUCGUACUCCGAUCAAGAUCCGUAUUGUAAUUAUUAUUUCCGUACUCCGAUUGAUUCCGACUAACCAUAUCCUGUUUUUCUCUGUAUUUAACCACAGGGCGGACUCGCUGUAAAUAUUAAUCCUUUUCCUUUCCUUUAUAUUUUCACUCUAGGGCGGAUCCAUUGUAAUCACCACGAAAUCCUUUGUAUUCGUUCCUGAAUAAACCUAGUUCACGUUUAUUUCACCUUUAAAUACCUGUACGACUUAUUUUCCGAUUCCCCCAAGCGAUUGACUCCACUAAGUAACUAAGAUCUAGUCCUCCUUUCCUCCCGACGGCCCUGGAGCUGAGCAUAUUCGGCAAAUAGGAGGAACGGAGGAUCUCUUUUCCCGUUACACAGCACGUCAAACACCGACCGAACGACACUCGCUCUUCCGACCGAUUAAGUAGAACCGCGCGUCUGAUAGCUACGCGAAGCACAAGCGGAUUUCGGAAUCCCGUCCGACAAUCCGGAGACCAGAACCGGGAAGAGCGGGGAGACGUAUCGUUACAGAUGUUUCAUGGAUAUAGAAGAAUAAAUUCUUGUCAACCACGUGCAUCUUGAGGGGGCGUGUUGAGUAUACAUGGUCCAUUAUGAAAGUAAUGAGCAUGAUUUUAUUGUGACGCGACUAUCCAUCGCAACGGGGUAAAACCGGUCGGGAAAUGUGGUGGGGGGUCUGCCCUUCCAAUGCAGCCGGUCGCCAGUUUGCUCCGAGCAGUCUGAGUGGAAAAACGUGCCUCCGCGUGAAGCGUGUUUUUCGACUUUGUAACACGGCGCAAUGGAGCGUUCACUUGAACAGCGAUACGCCAUCAAGUUUUGUGUGCGGCUUGGAAAGAAUGCAACCGAAACAUUCCAGAUGCUUCAAGAGGCUGACAUCAAAGACACGGUCAAGUUCCACCAUGACAAUGCCCCCAGCCACACGGCCUUCAUCGUUACCAAUUUCCUGACCUGGAGCAACAUCCCGCUGGUCCCCCAGCCCCCUUACAGUCCCGACUUGGCUCCGUGCGACUUUUUUUUGUUUCCCCGACUGAAGAGAGCUGAAAGGAAAGCAUUGGGAGUCCGUGGAAAACAUUCAAAAGCAGGUUACAACGUUCCUAAACAACAUUCCCGUCGAGGAAUUUCAGGGUGCCUUCCAGGCAUGGCAGACACGUCUCCGCAAGUGUAUUGAUGCUGGGGGAGAGUAUUUUGAAGAAUUUUAAUCAUUUGUACCGAUAGGAUCAAUAAAUCUAUUUUUCCCAGAAAAUGCUCAUUACUUUUAUAAUGGACCAUGUAUGUAUUAAAUUUUCGCGCUUCAACAUGCUCGUGUCGUGUCUUACGAUGGCACCACUGUACGAGAGACAAUUCUCUUUUCGGAGCAAUGUCGUGCUUCCGGCGCUCCCGCUCUUGCGCACUUCCUCGCGGAACGUCUGCCUAGUCGCACGUGCUAUUUUUCUUGUAUUAGAAAUACACAUUUGUAUUACACUCCAAAAAGGACUUCGAGUUUCAUUGAAUUGCAAUAACCCACUGUGCUCCGCAACACAAUGAAUAUGUCAAUUUAAGAAUUUAUUAGUUUCUAGUAAUAUCUAGUAGUAUAUUGCCAAAUAAAUAAAUGAGCUAGAUAUUAAUAAAAUGGUAAUAGGCCCAUAUAUAAAGAAGAGAAUUUACUCAUCUGAACAAAAUUUUAUUUGUUC